AUGGCACAAAGCUACAGGCCCUUCUCCCAAAGCCAUCUGAGACACCGGACCCACCAGUGCGACGGGGCCCGACCGGAAUGCAGUCGAUGUGAGCGGCUCGAGGUCGAGUGCCACUACGACGCGGGGCCGGACGAGACGCGCGCGCUAGCGCGAAAGCGCAAGUACGAGGAGAUUCUGGACGGCUACGGCAGCCUGCGGGACCUCUUCCAGCUGAUACAGACGCGGCCCGUCGCGGAGGCCGCCGAGAUCGUGCUGCGGAUCCGGCGGGGGUCGGACCCGCACGCCGUGCUCCGGCUACUACGCGACGGCGACCUACUACUUGAGGCGUCGACCACGGCGCGCAGGAGCGCCGACGAGGCCAGGGAGCGGGCCGUCGAGCGCGUCGAGGCCGCCGCGCUGCACCAGAGCCCCGUCAAGGUGCCGGCCCGGCCGUGGACCGACGUCGCCGGCGACGGGAUCGUGUCGGAGCUGGUGUCCAUCUUCUUUGCCAUCGAGCAGCCGUUCAUCGCCACGUACGUCGACAGGAGGUGCUUCGUCGAGGAGAUGAGGGCCGCCAAGCCGGGGAGGGACCUCGACUUUUGCUCCCCGCUGCUGGUCGACGCCAUCUGUGCGUACAGUGCCUUCACGUCAAACAGCGCCAAGUCCGUGGACAAGAUACAGGGCGGGAACACGCGAGAGCGGUUCUUCGCCGAGGCCAAGAGGAAGCUCGACCGGGAGGCCGGCAGGCCGUCGCUGCCGACGGUCAUGGCGCUGCACAUGAUGUUCCGCUACUCGUCCGCGGCGGGCAUGGACCGCGCGGGGGCGCUGUACCGCCUCCACUCGUGCGAGAUGUUCAAGCGCCUGGGGCUGGGCCGCGAGGUCCCCCGGGGACACCGCCGCCACUACGGCGGAAGGUACCGGCGGGCCUUGUCGCGGGCCGCCUGGGGGCUUUUCUGCGCCGAGAGCAUCUGCGCCUUCGUCUACAUCCAGCCGUCGCUGAUACCGAUCCCGAAGCUGCCGAGGGUGUUCAACGCCAACAGGGGGGACCUGGACAAGCGCGCCCCCCACGACCAGUACCUCGACGCCGAGUGCGACAUGUCGAUCCUGUUCUACGAGAUCAUGUGCUACAACCGCAGUGCCCGCAACCAUCUCGGCGACGAGGACGACAUCAAACAGAGGCUGGCCCUGUACGAGAAGCGCGCGAGAUGGGAACCGCCCCCGUUCGGCGGCCCGAGCCGGGGCCAGCUGGGGUUCGGCCAGGCCAUCUUCCUGGGGGCCUACUCCUCCGUAGCAGCAGUCGGCCUCUUCCGGCCCCUCGACUCCCGCCCCAUCACCCUCCCCUCCGGCCUCGGCACGCCGCGCAGCCUGACGAUCCGGCACUGCGCCGACAUCAUGGCGCACCUCGCCGCCUUCGAGGAGCGCUUCCCGCUCGAGUGGGUGCUCGGCAGCGUGGCGACCAUGUACUUCUCCUACGUGGCCAGCAUCAGCCUCGUCGCCUUCCUGGACGCCGAGCCUGCCGCCGCCGGCGCGCCCUUCGUCCAGGCGUGCCGCCACUUCCACGCCGCCGCGACCAGCUUCCCCGUCGCCGCCGCCCUGCUCAGGGGCCUGCAGGCCGCGGCGCUGGAGCUCGGCGUCGCGCUGCCGCGGGGGUGCGAGGGGUAUUUCGCGAGGGCGGGAGUGCCGCGCGGGGAGGAGGAGGACGGGGAGGACGCGGGGGACGUGCCCAUUGGAUAUAUCAUUCCCGACCUUGCGGAGGUUGCGGAUCAGCUGGGGGAGGAGGAUGGGGAGGGUGAUGACUCUGAGGCGCUUGGGGUCGAGCUGGGGAAGAUCAUUGAGAAGUGGAGUGCCUUGACGGACUGA